AGCUCGAAGUAGCCUUUGAAUACGUCGAUUUUAAAGGCCUCGUCCAAAGCUCAGAACAGGAGCCUUCGUAUAGUAGUAGAGGCCUAUAAAACGGCCCCUACUAGGUGCUUAGAAACAGAGGCCUGAGUGCCACUGAUGAACCUCUACCUCAACAAACGGUUGGCUGACUUUAAGGAACGGCUAUACAAAAAGGCCCUAUAAAUAGGAGUUGGGCUAGGGGAGGGAGGAACUACUAUAGGGCACUUGAUUAUAGAGGCUUACAACAGAGUCUACUAUAAGUUUAGAAGGUAAACUCCGUAUUAGCGUCGGUUGAGAACUUCGGGUUGAAUGUCUUUACCAGAACCUUUGUCGAAGAGUUUGAAGUGGGACCACUGCGUAACACCCUCAAAAGAGGGACCGUGGUUCGAACUGUCCAGUCGAACCAGGAGUUGCGCACAUGAACCUCACACUGUCACGACCCGUGACACGAGACAUCCAAUAUUUCAUAAUGGCGUGGAUCAACUAUCACUGAUCCAUCCAGGCUCACCCAAGACCAUGUAGGACCCAGGAGUGUUGCUAUCCUGGAGCAAUUGGCGAAAUCCGA